CUAGGACUUGUCCAUCUUCAUUUGUCUCCCUUGACUUUUCUCUGCUCUCUCCUCCAUGGUAUCUUGUGGUUCAAUCUCAGCCAGUCAUUUUCGACUGAGUUACAUUUCAGAACCAUGAAGCAUCCAACUUGUGUGUCAUUUGGUAAAUUCAACUCAACCAGAUAUGAAUAUAAGAUGCCAUCCAACCCAACCCAUUGCACAUACAACUUCAAAAGGCAAUAUGAAUUUUCUCCUUUCAUUCUGCUUUUGCCUCUGCGUUUCUCGUUUGCCCUCCUUCGCAACUCCAGCAGUGUUAUUUCAGGGGUUCAAUUGGGAUUCAAGUAAAAAAGGAGGAUGGUACAACUCCCUCAAGACCACCAUUCCCGAACUCGCUAGCUCUGGAAUUACCCAUGUCUGGCUUCCUCCUCCUUCUCACUCUAAUGCAACUGAGGGAUAUGACCCGGGAAGGCUAUACGAUCUCGAUUCAUCAAGCUAUGGAAAUAAGGACGAAUUGAAGUCCCUGAUUGCUACUAUGCAUGAGAAGGGAAUCAAAGCCAUCGCUGACAUUGUGUUAAACCACAGAUCAGCUGUCAAACAAGACGAGAAUGGAAUAUGGAGCAUCUUUGAAGGUGGAACAGAAGACGGACGUCUCGACUUCAAUGCCUCAUUGAUCUGCAGAGAUGACAAUGACCAUCCUUUUGGAACUGGAAAUCCAGACACAGGGGACAACUUUCCUUACACUGCUGAUGUGGACCACACAAAUCCAAGGCUACAAACCGAGCUCUCUGAUUGGUUGAAUUGGUUGAAAACUGAUAUAGGGUUUGAUGGAUGGAGGUUGGAUUAUGUGAUUGGAUAUGGCUCCAGUAUCACCAAGCUCUACAUGGAAAAGACUUCACCAGAAUUUGCAGUUGCUGAGUAUUGGCGUUGGAACAUUUCAAAAGGGCAGGAUGGCAAACUUGACAAGAACCAAGAUGCACAUAGGAAUGAAAUAGUGAAUUGGAUCGAGGCUGCUGGUGGCGUUGUCACGGCGUUCGAUUUGACAACCAAGUACAUCUUGAAUGUUGCUGUGCAGGGUGAGCUAUGGAGGCUCAAGGAUUCUAAUGGAAAACCACCAGGGUUGAUUGGGAUCAAACCAGAAAGUGCUGUAACAUUUAUUGACAAUCAUGACACUUGGUCUCAGAGACUUUUGCCUUUCCCAGAUGACAAAGUCCUGCUUGGAUAUGCUUACAUUCUCACCCAUCCUGGGACCCCAACCAUAUUCUAUGAUCACUUCUUUGAGUGGGGGUGGCCAAAGGAGCCUAUACGCAAUUUGACUGCAAUUAGGGUAAGGAAUGGAAUAAAUUCGAGGAGCAGUGUGACUAUUUUAGCUGCAGAGGCUGAUCUAUAUAUGGCCAACAUUGAUGACAAGAUUAUCAUGAAGAUUGGGCCAAGAUUGGACCUUGGAGACCUUGACCCGACAAAGUCAAACUUCCAUGUUGCUACCAGUGGAGGAGACUUCGCUGUUUGGGAGAAAAAUCAAAAUUAUAAAAGAAGCCGUGCGCCUGUAAAGUCUGGCGCCAAACAGCUGAAUAUGAACUUGGCCUCUUCUGUUGGUCUCUCUACGAAGCCUAACCUUCCCUGUUUGCACUCUCUGUUAAACUCCUACAUUGAAAGCAGAAAUCGAAAGCAAGCACUGCUUCUCUUUCGCCAGUUGUUGCAGUACAAUGUGAAGCCCAGUGACCUCACUUUCUCUUUGCUCCUGAAAGCCUGUACUUCGUCUUCUUCUUCCUCCUCAGCUUCAAAUUCCGUGAAUGUUAAAAGAGAAGCAAAUCAGAUUCAUACACACUUGCUAAAAUCGGGUGUUGACCGAUUCAUGUAUGUGAGUACUGCUCUUCUUGAUCUGUAUAUGAAACUGGGAUGCGUUAAAAAUGCUCAUAGGCUGUUUGAUGAUAUGCCUGAUAGAGACAUUGUCUCUUGGAAUGCGUUGAUUUGUGGGUUUUCGCGAAAUGGGUGUGAUUUUGAAGCGUUGAAACUCUUUGUUCAAAUGUGUAAAGGGGGAUUUUUUCCUCAUCAGACGACUUUGGUUAGUUUGGUUCCAUCUUGCGGUAGGCAAGAGUUAGUUUCUCAAGGGAAAUCUAUUCAUGGGUUUGGAAUUAAGGCGGGCCUUGAUUCAGAUUCUCAUGUGAAGAAUGCUCUUACCUCAAUGUAUGCUAAAUGUGCAGAUUUGGAGGCGGCAGAGCACUUGUUUGAGGAAAUAGUUGAGAAGAGUGUAGUUUCAUGGAAUACUAUGAUUGGUGCUUAUGGAAAAAAUGGCUUCUUUGAUGAGGCAAUGCUUGCCUUUAAACGAAUGCAAGAGGAAAAUGUUCCAGCCAAUCUGGUGACCAUGGUAAGCCUUCUGUCAGCAAAUGCCGAUCCAGAGUCUACCCAUUGUCAUGCCACUAAAACUGGUCUUGUCAAUGAUGCUUCUGUGAUUACUUCAUUAAUUUGCCAAUAUGCAACAUGCAGGAACACAGAAUCCGGCGAACUUCUUUACAAGUCAUUGCCUCAGAAGAACUUGGUUUCCCUAACUGCACUUAUGUCAAGCUAUACUGAGAAAGGUAACCUGUUUCAGGUGAUGUCGUGUUUUGCUCACUUGCAGCAGUUAGAAAUUAAGGUUGAUGCAGUUGCUAUGGUUUGCAUCCUCCAUGGGAUAAAAGAUCCCAUUGAAUUUGGUCUUGGACUUGCUUUUCAUGCUUAUGGGCUAAAGAGUGGGUUGAGUGCUGAUUCUUUGGUUGCAAAUGGGUUGAUAAGCCUGUACUCGAGGUUUGACAAGAUAGAAACUGCUUUCUCUUUACUUUCUGAGAUACAUGAGAAAACAUUGAUUAGUUGGAAUUCUUUGAUAUCGGGCUGUGUACAAGCUGGAAGGCCAAGUGAUGCCCUAGAGGUUUUUUUCCAAAUGAAAAUGUCUGGACACAGUCCAGAUGCCAUUACCAUCUCUAGCUUACUAUCUGGUUGUUGCCAGCUUGGGUACUUGCGAUUUGGGGAGAGGAUUCAUAACUAUGUCCUAAGAAACAAUCUCGAAGUGGAAGAUUUUGUUGGAACUGCUCUUAUAGACAUGUACAUCAAGUGUGGAAAAAUAGAGCAUGCUGAAAGGGUGUUUAAGAGCAUCAAAGAACCGUGCUUGGCAACAUGGAACUCAAUGAUCUCGGGUUAUAGCUUAUAUGGGUUAGAACAUGAAGCUCUUGCUUGCUUCUCAGAAAUGCAAAAGCAGGGGCUAAAGCCUGAUAAAAUAACUUUUUUGGGAGUUUUAGCUGCGUGUACUCAUGGAGGCCUUGUUCAGGAGGGAAGAAAAAAUUUCCAAAUCAUGAGGGAACAGUUCAACAUGGUGCCAGAUUUGCAACACUAUGCUUGCAUGGUUGGUCUCUUUGGUCGUGCAGGCUUGUUCGAGGAGGCAUUGAUGUUCAUCAGAAAUAUGGAAAUGGAGCCCGAUUUCGCAGUUUGGGCAGCCUUGCUGAGUGCUUGUUGCAUCCAUCAAGAGGUGAAGCUUGGGGAAUAUGUUGCCAAAAAGUUGUUUUUCUUGGACAGUAACAAUGGUGGGUUCUUUGUGUUGAUGUCAAAUCUAUAUGCGGUUAAAGGAAUGUGGGAUGAAGUAGCUAGGGUGAGGGAGAUGAUGAGAGAGACUGGAGGGGAUGGCUGUCCAGGAAUUAGUGUUAUUGAGAUGACUUCAUUGGAAGACAUGAAUGUAAACUUAAGCUCGAGCAAGUCUAGUUUGAAUGCAAAUGCUUGGCAACCUCUACUCUCUCUAUAUUAAUCGCUAGUCCUGACUCCUCAUUACGGUCA